AUGCGAUGCGUCGAAUCGUCAGCGAACGCCGAGGAAAAACGGCGGAUUGCCCGUCCUCCGCCGUUCCCCUCGGUCGUUCGUUCGUUCCGUUCUGCUCUCGUCUUCGGCUGGGUGCUUACAGCGUAUCGGAUGCCUGUCUUCCAACUUAGCACCAACGUCAGCCAAUCCAAAGUCACACCGGAACUGUUGAAGCAGAUCUCGUCGCUUGUCGCACGUAUCCUACAUAAACCUGAAAGCUACGUAUGUGUCCAUGUGGUCGCUGAUCAGAGCAUGACAUUCGCUGGAACAGACGAUCCAUGCGCUGUUGGUAGUCUCAAAUCGAUUGGAGGUGUUGGUGGCUCGCAGAAUAAUAGCCACGCUAAGGCACUGUUCGCCUUAAUCAAGGAUCAUCUGGAAAUCGAAGGGAACAGAAUGUACAUCGAGUUCGUCGACAUCGGAGCCGGCGAUAUUGCCUACAAUGGUAGAACCUUUGCGUGA